GUUAUGUCUAUAUGAUCACAUCCACGUUUACUAACCAUUGCACCUCUCUUUUUUUCCAGCUAAACCUGGCAAUAACACCGCUGCUCCCCCUGCUGCUGCUCCCGCUAAACCCAAGACUCCCGCCGCCGCCCCUGCCGCACCCAAGAAGCCCGCCAAUGCUCCUGCUGCCCCCGCCGGGGGUCUCCAGGGAUUGCUCGGUCUUCUCGGCGGUUUGGGUGGUGGUGCGGGCGGCGCUGGUGCCGGUGGCGCCGGAUUGGGUAACCUCCUCGGAGGUCUUACGGGAGGUGCAGCUGGCGGUGCCGGUGGAGCGGGAAUUGGCGACGCCCUCGGGGCUCUCGGGGGUCUCGGCGGAGGAGCCGGUGGAGCUGGUGGAAUUGGUGACGCCCUCGGGGCUCUCGGCGGUCUCGGCGGAGGAGCCGGUGGUGCUGGUGGGAUCGCCGACGCCCUCGGGGCUCUUGGCGGCGGCGCCGGCGGUGGUGCCGGAGCUGGUGGACUCGGCAACAUUCUCGGAGGGUUUGGAGGUCUCGGUGGAGCGAAAGCGAACGUCGUGGAGGCGAGGGGAAAUGUGGCGGAUUUCGCAGAAGACGCGGCGGCGGAGGAGGACGAGGAAUGAAGGUGUACUUACUCACAGAUCGCACACACACAUCCGGGAUACUCCUUGCGGCUUGUUUAGCCUGUAG